GAGCACGCGUUUUUUUUUCGGGAGUGUAAAUUUUUGAUUUUUCUAGUGAAAUAUUGGUGCAAGUGGUUCAAAACCUCGUUCAAAACGAUUCUAAUUGUGUCCUAGGCCGUGUCGUCGCGAUCGGCGCGCUGAAAAAUUGUUUUGAGUGACUGAACGCGUUAAAUCGGGAACGGUCUUGUCGCGGUUGAACGACAGGUGUUAGAAGGAAAAAACCUCCGCCAUUUUGGCGAGCCGAGAAAACAGCAGUCGCAGCGCAGUAGCUAGGGUUACCAAACCUUAACGUCGGAUUCGGGACGAUCGUAGUUGUGCGUCCAAAGCCGCGUCGGCGCGAAUAUAACUGUGUGCGAGUGAGUGAUUUCCGGAGUUCUACUUUUACGGUAGUGCGCGUAUCACGAAUCUUGGAUCAAUACGAAAACAAACAAAAGUACCCGGAAAUUCAAAAACAUGCCUGGAAGGAGUACGGAAGCCGCUGGUAGGCCUAAAAGAAUCGUCGAUAGUAGGAAGACUGUCGGUAGGGUCACCAGGCAAGCGAAAAGCAAGGAACAAGGACAAGCUAGCGGUCCGAACACAUCGGGGAAUCACACGAACGACCAGCCAACCAACACCGAACAGGAAGAGCCAACCACAGUUGUAUUGGAGAUGAUCGACACAGAGGGAAACUUUCCAAACCACCCGAUAUUUGUGGGGAAGUUUUUAAGAGAAAAGGGCUUCUACAAUUUCACCGAAAUUACCAAGCUGGGGAAGUUCAGGUACAAGAUCGACACUGGAGCGGAAGCAGAACUGAGACGCAUAAAGCUCGUGGACGCAAACUUGAUAGUGUAUGUACCCAAAAACAAGAAUACCACCAUCACCUUCAUCAAAGGAGUGCCUAUCAGCUUCGAGGAAGCUGAGAUGAAGCUCAACAUAGAGGCGGAACAUCCAGUAACUCAAGUACAACGCAUCAAACGUCGCGACAGGAACGGAGAACUCCAGGACACGACGAACAUCAAAGUCACCGUCGACGGACCACAAGUCCCAAAAUGGGUGAAGAUCUUUGGAUGCAAUUUCAGACCGGAACUGUACAUCUUUCCUAUUCGUCAAUGUAAGAACUGCUGGAGAUUCGGACACGGAGCAAAGUUCUGCACAGCCCAAUCAAGAUGCGCAACUUGCGGAGGCAAACACCCCUCCUCAGACUGCAAGACGGACGCGAAGUGUCCAAAUUGCAAGCUGAAGCACGGAGCAAAUGAUCCCGAAUGUCCGGAGAGACAAAGGCACAUGAAGAUCCGAGAAACGAUGCGAACAAAACAGAUAAGUUUCUCGCAGGCGGAGACCCAUUAUCCGAAGCUGCAGAACCAUUUCAACCUCCUGGGAAACCUGGAAAACGAAGACGACACAUUUCCAAGCCUAGCACAGACCAAUUCCGGAAACGGACAGACGAACAGAUCCUUCGAAGGUCUGAGAAAUCGGCGUCAACAAAACAAUUCCCGCUCACGCGAGACAAGCCACGAACGAUCCGGAUCAACCCCACCUAUGGAAACCUCUGGCGAACAACGUGCAGAACCUUCGAUCGCAUGUUCGAGAUGCUACGAGAAUCCAUUCAAAUCAACCGAUUUCGAGCGCUUCAUUGCAUGGCUGCAGCACAAGUUUUUCGAGGAGACCCGCCCCAAGCGCCGGCUAAGAGCCUUAUACGAAUUGCAGCAGAAGAUUGUCCAAAGGGUACAUCUUGCAAAUUCCGAACUGGACAGGGACCAACUACUCAUCGAAAUUAGUCAGGAUAUUCAGAUGAUCAUCGAAGAGCAUUCGCAGGAAGAAACCCCCAGAACCAACACAAACCAGCAAAGUGGAGUGUAA